AACCAACUAUUCACACUUAACUCCCUAGAAUCAGUAUCACUACAAUCACAGUCUUUUGUUUUGUUUUAAAAGUUGUGCAUGUUCAUCAUCGAGUCAUAGUUUAGUUUCCCUCUGGUUUCCCUGGUUUUGUUAAUAACAACAGGCCAAGUGCCAAACCGUGCCAAGUUUCUGGUUACGAGUCAAAAUCAUAAAACAUCAUACAAUGGCUGCUGCAAGUGUUGUCUUAGGAAUAUGGGAUUCUUUCCAAUAUGAAAACCUUAAAGUAGAAAAUUUGGAUCUGGAAGACAAAGUAGAAGUAUUGAAAAAUGAAGCAGUGAAAAAACUAAAUACUUCCAAAGUGGCAAUAGAUUUGAUCUACUGUGGACUUGUGCUUGAAGAUGACCACUCUCUAUCUUCUUAUGGAAUUAAAUCAGGAGUCACAAUCCAUGUAGUUAAGAAAAAUCUCCCGCAAAAUGUGACACGGGGACGGGCCCUUACAGAAACUGAAGUUCAGCAGCUGGUAGUAGCUUUUAGAGCUUUCACUUUAUCAUCAGGCUAUCGAGCUGCUCUACAAAGACUGGCCCGACCUGAGGUAUUAGAAACAAUAAUUGCUGCAACCCCGGGGCUUGCUGAUGAUCCUUCAGCUAUUGCUAUUAUCCAAGAUCCAGAAUUAAUAGUACACAUGGCAGAUCCAGAUACUGUUCGUAGAGUGGCAGAAAAACAUCCGUCAUUGAUUGAAGCAGCAAAUUAUAUAGCAGCACAUAUUCAUGAAGAACAAGCAAAUGUUGAUACCUCUCAAGCUACUACAAGUACUGGUUACUCAUAUUCACUUGAGGCACUCUCUGAUGAUGAAGAAAUGGAUACUUCAAUUCGUGAACCACAUCCAUUGACUCGUAACACAUCCUACAAUGCUAUUACAGCAGCUCAGCUAGCUGCAGCAAUUGCUAACGCUACUAACACUGCAUUUAACACUAAUAGUGCUGGCAUGCCGUCAACUCCCACGACUUCGGGCAAUGUCAUUACAAAUGAAAUGUUUAGCAAUGCAAUUCAACAAGCUCUAGGAUCAGCUAAUCUAGGUACUACAAGUGCAAUGACUCCAAGUAGGGGAGAAAUUGAAAGUUUGGAAAAUAUCACAAGGAGACUACAACCACAACUGCAACAGAUGCAUGAAAUUGGUUUACGGAAUGAUUCUGUUAAUAUCAGGGCACUUCAAGCCACCUCAGGCGAUGUGGAAGCUGCCAUUGACUUGGUAUUUAAUGGUGCAAUUGACUGAAUGUACUCAUGUACUCAGCUAUAUAAUCUCGUUUUUUGUAAAUUUAUAUGCCCUUAGUUUGUAAUAAAACACAUAAUAUCUCUCAAAUAA